CAGAUCAUAGCUAUAAUAACAUAAUUGUCUUAAUUAGGGUUCCCUUUACUAUUUUUCUUUAGUCUCUCCUCCUAACCGUAGUUGAUGCAGCAUAGACUCGAGAAGCUUCUACACAAUGUCGGUGUUUAGUUUUUCCUUUUUACAUUAGGCUUUAAUUUUCUUUUAAUUUCAGGCUUUAGUCUUUGUUUUUCCAUUAUGCUUAGGGCUUGGGAUCUUCUUUCUCCUAAAAAAGAAGAUCACGAGAAUGUAGAAAGAGCAUCUUGAUUUUUAAUAACAAUUAUUUACAGAGCUUUACAGCACUUAGAGGAGUACUCUAGCCAAUCUUCGAACUUGUUAAGAGUAUUAACAAUUCGAAAACCCUUUUGACGAGUUGAGAGUAUCAACUUCGCCAAGAGUUUAUCCCAUUCGUCAAGCUCGAUCUUGAUCACUAAUUCUCAAGCUUUAAGCUUCCGCCUCUCUAUCAGUUGGUAUCAGAGCCAGCUUUAAGCUUACUGCAUAGGUGAUGUCUACCGCAGGUGACUCAAAAGCCAAAGUGAACCGCAAGAAGAAAAUCAUCGUGCUUCGUUGUCAAUGAUGUGGUCGUUACUUAAAAGACUCUUCAAUGAUAUCAUCAGACGAGCUAUAAAUAUAAUUUAUAGAAACCAAUAUUCUUCGUCGUCGCUACCAAACAAUGUUAUUUUGAACUGCUUAGCUCGCGUACCGGCAAGCUACGACCCGACCCUGGCUUGUGUUUCUUCGUCGUCGCUACCAAACGAUGUUGUUUUGAAGUGCUUAGCUCGCGUUCCGACUAGCUACGACCCGACCCUGGGUUGUGAUUCUUUGUUGUUGUCACUACCAAACGAUCUUGUUUUGAACUGCUUAGCUCGUGUCCCGACAAGCCACAACCCGACUCUCGCUUGUGUUUGCAAAAACUUCCAGUCUCUUGUGCUUUCUGGUGAGCUUGCGCAGAUGCGGUCCUUACUGGCGGCCAUGAAAGAUGAUCCCCUCUUGUGUGUAUUCUAUACUCACUUCACUAAUCCUGUCUGGACGUUUCAUUGGGUCACUUUCAACUCAAAAGAGAAGAAAACAAAUUCUUGGAAGUCGGUUGAUAUUUCAACAACUCAAAAUAUGGCCACUUGUCCCACUGUCUGGCAAGUUGAGUAAGGGUCCUAGCAUGAAGGUGGCCCGAAAGGGAGCAGGCGUGGCAGUGGUGGAUGGGAAAAUAUACGUAAUUGGAGGGUGCUGGGAAGACGAGAUCAACCAGGUUGAGGUUUUUGACCCAAAUACUCAAACUUGGGAAUUUGGGCCAUUAGGUCCCCAUCGGAAAAUCACAUACGGGAGAGGAUACACGUGGAAUGACUUUCGUGAAACAGUGGCCCUAGAUGGAAAGGUUUAUGGUAUGAGCUUUUAUAGAGAUUAUCACACAAUCUACGACACAAAAGAUGGUACCUGUGAGAAUCUUGAGCUACCGGAGGAAUAUACAUGGAAGAUACGUAAAGCGUGUGUGAUAAACAGUUUGAUCUACGUUUUUUACUCUGAGCUUGGGUUAAUGUGGUACGAUUCGGAAGAGAAGAUAUGGAGAAAGGUUAAAGGUUUGUGUUGUGAUGCGGGGAGGCAUAUGGUGGAAUGCAAUGGGAAACUUGCGUUGCUGUGGAAAGAUAGCGAAGAGAAGAUUUGGUGUGCGAUGAUCGCUUUGGAUAGGGUUGGAGUAGAGAUCCAUGGAAGGGUCGAGUGGAGUGAGAUCGUGGUUUCUGGUGAUGUCGAUACUUAUGACUGGUGUUGUCUAGGACUUUCAUUAUAAAUUAUAGUUGAAUAAAUAUUAUUGAUGGUGUAAA